CUUCUCUGUUGGCAGUGCGGAUGCUGGUCUGAUGCAGUCUGCAUCCAUAUCAUGUUACAAAAGCAAAUGCCAUCUCUGCACUGAUACAAAUAUCCAAAAUGAUUGGCUGAUCCUGUGAAUUCCAUUUCUACGUUGCCAUAGUACUAUGGAGGCGGAAUUAGAUAUGUGUUCCCUCUCCUGGCGCUCCAUCUUGUUGCGAGAACUGCGUCUUCCCCCAAACCACCUGCCGCUACGUAACAUAAAACGAUUCUCGCCCGCUUUUUAUGUUGCAGAUACGUCUCAGCCUCCAUCGGCGUUUUACGGGCGUUUGUCUCUCAAUGAGAACGGUUGGGAGUUGCCGAAAUCCUCAUAACCCGCACGCACGCGUUUCUGGACAGACAACAAAGAGACUCGAAGAGACGCUCGACCAGGCGCUCCGGGCGUCGUCCUAUGUACAGUUACAUAGUCUCCCAUCGUGCAAGCAAGCAUCUCUCCACACACGCACGGCGCAAGUACUGUACGUCGGCUUGAAAGCAACUCCGUCUUCGACAGAAGGUGCCUCCUGGCCGGUCGUCCGCCGCUGCCUGGACACUCGCCCUUCGCUCUCUCCGCGUAUUUGCAUCUUCCCGCACCUGCUGUGCUCCGCCGUUGCAGACACUUUUUCCCCACGGAUUUCACCCACCACACUCGCAAACAUGCAAGGACAAGACUACUACCAGCGCCAGCCUCAAUAUAGCAGCGGCGACCCGUCCAAGAACGGCUCGAGCUCCACACCGCCCGCGAGCAGCAUCACCAUCCCUAGGAUCGGGCCGGAGGAGGGCUUGGAAGCCGCCGCUGCGAUCAGUCUCCUACAAGCUUACUGCGUCAAAACCAGGAUCUCACCACCGGACUACCAGAUAACAGGGCAACCACCUUUUACUUGCAAACUGACAGUGGCGGACUUGGUCUUUCAGAGUGGCGGUUUCGCCAACAAGCAAGAAGCAAAGCGCACAGUCACCGUGGCUGCUGUCGAACAUCUUCGCAGUAAGGGAGACCCUUUCAUAAAGCAGCUGGUCGAGAAGGAUGUGGAUUAUGUCUCCAAGCUGCAGCUCCGCGCACAAGCUGGCAGGUUUGACAUGCCCAUGUACGAGCACCAGCAGCACAGCCCGUCAGCGUAUACUGCGUCGGUCCUUGUCGCUGGGCAGAGGUUCACCACGCAAGGAACUUUCCCGACCAAAGCAAAGGCGAAGCAGGAAGCCGCCAGGAUCGCUUUUGAGAAGGUGGUCAGGGACUUCCAGCAAUUUCAGCAGUCGUAUCAGCCAGCGUUCCAAGGUUUUCAUCCUCCGCCUCAACAAUACACCAACCAUACCAUUCCGCCACCCCUUCCUCCUACUUUCCCAAGCGGCAACCGCAGAGCAAUCAUGCCUCCUCCUCCUCCGCUGUCACCGAACCUUAAGCAGGAACCGGGUGUUUCGUCUAGAGGUUUCAAACAAGAACCCACAACCUCCUUCAUCAAACAAGAACCUUCAAGCUCUUCCUCACGCCAGUACAUCUCCGACCGCGACCGAGACCGUGAGCGGGACCGGGAGCCAGCCCGUCGUCCGCGAACCCCACCUCCCGUCGCUCCAUCCCGCCACCAGCACCCCGACUCCCGCUACGAGCAGCCUGACCCUCGCUCGGCGGUCUCCACGUAUACCCACGGCAAGCGCUCCCGCAUAGACUCCCCCGAACCGCACGACGACGACCCUCGUUCAGGCGACGAGACCGGAGUGCGCUACACCGCCAGCGUGCACGGCGCGCACCCUACGUACUCAGGCCUCCUCGACAUCGAAUGCUUCAAGCGCCGUCUCAACCCCCCGCGCUUCGAUUUCAGCGAAUCAGACGUAGGCGGCCACUCAUGUUCCGUCAUCAUCGAAGUCGUCGUCGUUGGCAAUAGCACUACCGCAAACGGGGGUUCUUUCAAUGAUGACGACGCCGAUGGUAACAGAGCGGGAGGUGGUGUUGUCGCCAACAGUGGAAGCGGCGGGGGUGAGAGGAGGCAGAAAAUCACAUUCCCUACCGCCCGCGUGCACUACAAGAAGUCGGCCGCGAGAGAGGAUGCCGCUGGCGACGCUUACAAAUGGCUGAUUGGACACAAUACCGAUCUGCCAUCGAGUCACAGAGUGGCUUUUAUCUUCGACCCGGAGGUUGGAUGGUUGCACAUCGAGGGGGCAAUAGUGUUGCAGAACUGCCGCAAAGCCCACAGAAACUCUCUCUUCCGAAAAAGGCGCGAAAAGAUAGUGUUAAUCAACACUACCCUUUCGCUCCUUCCCACCCCCUUUCCUCCUCCUUCCCUUUUUUUCUUCUGGGCCAUUUGA